AUGGGGAACCUUGCCCUUUUUAUGAGUAUUUAUGCCUUCUCUCUUAUCUACCGAACCGAAGCAUUCACCAUUGGCCCAGGUUCCAGGUUCUGCGCAAGACAGUCAAACGUUGGCGGAAAUGUCUCGCAAGGUUGCUCAGUGCACGCCGGACGGGGAGUCUACACCUCCUCACGGCUUGACCCACCGUCGGUCACCUCGCUUUCCUCUACAUGGCGCGGCGCGAAAGAAAUAUCUGGACUAACAGAAAGCACUGCUGCGCCCGUGUUUGAUGUUGAAAAAAUCCGUCAGAUUCUGCCGCAUCGGUUUCCCUUCUUGCUUGUGGACAAAGUCCUCGAGUUCGAGCCGGGAAAGCGAGCGGUCGGAGUCAAGCAGAUCUCGGCCAAUGAAGACCAGUUCAACGGUCAUUUUCCAAAUAGAGCUAUCAUGCCAGGCGUCCUUCAGGUCGAAGCACUGGCACAGCUUGCGGGUAUCGUCGCUUUGCAACCUCCAAUUAGCAACGGCCAGGGAAAUUUCUUUUUCGCAGGUGUGGAUGGCGUGAAGUGGAAGAAGCCCGUCGUACCAGGCGACACUGUGGUCAUGGAAGUCGAGUUGACCGCAUGGAAGGAGAAGUUUGGCAUUGCAAAAGCUACUGGAAAGGCGUUCGUCGACGGCAAGCCGGUUAUCGAAGUUGGCGAGAUGACAUUUGCACUCGUACGGUGA